AUGCCUGCCCCUCGAUAUAUUGGUGCGCUUUUGGCUCCAGCAGCAGUGCUGGCCAGCCGCCACGCGAUUUCCGCUCCGACCCCAACAGUGUCUGCUGACCCAGUCGACGGCUUCAGCCCGAGAAUCACUGGUGCAGCACGAAUUGAGGAUGCAGCUAUUGAACUGCUCAAACGCUAUGUCGACUACGACCAGACGUGUGGCUUUGUCAACGGUGACCUGGAGAGUGCCUUGACCUGCGCUGGGACGUAUAUUUGCGCUACAAAUACCGUGUUGGACGUCGCAGGGUGUUGUGACCCGCUCAGUCUCGAUUCUUGCUAUCUCUACACGUCUUGUGUUCCGAGUUCGCAGCUCGCCAGUUGUACAGCAGCCGAUUGCCUGCUAGACCAAGCAGUGGCCAAAUGUACCGAUUCUUCAGCCCCCUACUGUGUAGAUUGGAAGUAUGAUUACAUCACGACCACGCUCGCCGGCUACGGCUGUGAUGUCUCCGCCUUCACCGGCACUGUAGAGUACACAUACAGCGGCCAGAACACGUUCGACAUCAGCUCCUACCUCAGCUCCAUUCCCGAGUUCAGCUUCCCCACCAUCUUCGUCACCCAAACCCAGGUCGUCUCCGCCGGCCUAAGCAGCGGCACCUCGACAUCCUCGUCGUCCUCAUCCGGCAGCGGUGACAACGACGACAACAACUCGAAGAAGGUCUCCAUCGGCGCCAUCGUCGGCGGCGUCGUCGGCGGCCUCGGCGCCCUCGCCAUCCUCGGCGGAGUCGUCAUCUGCCUCCUCUUCAAGCGACGCCGCGACAAGCGCAACGCCGCCGCCGCCGCCGCCUUCCAGCCCGCGCAGCCUCCGCCCCCGCCCCAACCUCAGCCCCAGCAGCCUCCGAUGCCGUACGGCGCUCCCCCUCCCGGUGGCCCCGGCCCGAACGACUACAAGCCGCCGGCGGCCAUGGCUGGCGUGCCGCAGAUGCAACAGCCUGGCAACACGGCGAGCUUCUAUGCGCCGCCGCCGCCGCCACCGCCGCAGCAGCAGCAGCAACAGCAGGGUGGGGAUGUCAAGUAUGAUUACACGCACAAUAGCGUGUCGAGCAUGCCCAGCACGCCCGGCCCGUAUUCGCCGCCUAUGAGCCCGAGUCCUCAGUAUAGCCCGUCUCCUCCGUUGCCGGUGCAACAGCAACAGCAGCAUCAGCAGCAGCAGCAACAGCAACAGUGGAAUUCGAACGUUCCGCAGAUCGACGGCACGCCGGUACAUAAGAAUUCCGAGGGGCAGACGGUGCAUGAGGCGCCGUGA